GUCAUAAAACAGUCAUGCGCUCUCCUGCUUUCCCCCCUCUUCAUCAAUGAGACUGCAUUUUCUUUUCAUAAAGGCUUCACGGUUUAGUUAUAACUGCGCCAUCUUCAUGUUAGCGCGCGCUGGCCCCUCGCGGCGCUUAAAGUCCGAAAAUGAGCGAUGAGAGAAGAAAAACGCUAAAAACAAUACUUCAGCUGACGUCACAACUUCUGUGGGUGGUGGGGUUGGUUGUGGGAUUGAGUGGAGUCUACCUGCUGAUGUACUGCAGACAGAGCAGCGUAUUUUUCUCUCACAGCUACAUCAUGCUGCCAGCUGUCGUCACUCUUGCCAGCGCUUCGUUCCUGUUAGUGAGUGGGUUCCUUGGCUCGUGGCUGAGCCUCAGGGACUCCACCUUUCUGCAGGGACUGUUUGUAUUUCUGCUGGUUUUCGUCUUUUGUCUGGAAAGUACAGCUUCAGCGUUGGCUUAUUUUCACUCUACACAGCUGCAUUCAGAAAUAUCUCCCCUGAGUGCAGUGUUUAAGAACUACACAGGCAGCAGCCAGGACCCAAACUCUCGAGCUGUGGAUGCUGCACAAGAGGAGCUGCAGUGUUGUGGUGUCAGCAGCUACAGGGACUGGCUGGAAACCUCCUGGUUUAACCGCACUGGAGGCCUCUGGGUUCCUCACAGCUGCUGCAACAAUACUUUCUCGUUCUGCAAUGGCACUGUGGACCAGCCGUGGCUGCUUAACACACCGGGCUGCCAGGUGAAGCUGGAGUCGAGCUUACAGUUUGUGCUGAGUUUUAUCAUCUGGGGCUUGCCGUUGGUUUUUCUGGUGGAGGUUGUUUUAUUUGUGACUGUGGGACAGCUGAUGAAGAACCAAUCAUUAAUGGACUAUCAAAUACUGGAAAAACACUAAAAGAAACUUUGACAGAUGGGAUAGCAUUGCACUUUGCAAUGAUAGUACUACAUAGUAUGUCAUAUUGUAUUGUGUAAAUGUGCAUCAAAUUAUUACUGAGAUUGUUUAAUUAUUUCUGAGCGUCAGACCUCUCACCUCCCUUACUACUACUGUAAAACAAUCAGAUGCAGAUUUGGUUAUUUGUGUCUGACAACUUACAGAUUACACAUCCCUCAUAUUUGAUUGUUGCUGUGUUGUAUAUGGGAAAGUUUUUUUACUCUCUUUAUUUCUAAUAUUUCUGUCAUAUUUGUCUCAAAAUGCCUCACACACAGAGAAUUAAAAAGGGACAAUAAACUAAA